AUGGACUCAGGGACUGGAAAAACAAUCGGCAGCAGGCAAAAAUUGAAUCUGGGUAGCUCGAAGAUAGUGGACUCCUUUGAUGAUCAUCUAUCGUCCCAUAUCAACGCCUCAAUUCCGCCUAAUAAGAUUUCGCAUAUUUCUCAAGAAGACCAACUGAUGCAUGGGGAAAUGGUUGAGAAUACAUUGAUUGAGAAUGACUCCGGGAUCGAGAAAAAAUACAGCACCGGCGAGACCCAGCCCCUGUUGGUCAGCGGCCACGCGGAAGUUUCAAACUUAAACAGUGACGAACAGAAGUCAACGGAUGAAAUCGCAAACCUUAGUUCCAUCAUCCAGCUACAAAAAGAAGCUCUUGACCUGAUUCCACCAGGAGAUCCGGUCCGGCCACAGAGACUCCAUUGUCUUGGUCUCGCGUUUCAAGACAGAUAUCGAAAGACAGGAGACACUCCAGACCUCGAUAACGCCAUUCAACUUCACCAGGAAUCAGUAGAAAUGACUCCAGAAGGGCAUUCAGACCGUUCAUGUCGACUUGAUAGGCUCGGCCUUGCAUAUGCAGACCGCUUUCUCAGAGCUGGAGAAAUAGAAGACAUUGACAACGCCAUCCAGCUGCAUGAGAUGGCCAUCAAUUGUCUCCAGGAAGGCCAUCCAGAACGGCCAGGCAUCCUGGAUAAUCUUGGUCUCGCUUAUCAUGAUAGAUCUCAGAGAACGGGAUCCACGAGGGACAUCGCCAAGGCUCUCAGCUUGCACCAAGAAGCAGUUGGCACGACUGCAAAAGGCCACCAUGAUCAGCCACGUCGAAUUCAUAAUCUUGGCCUUGUAUACCACGAUAGAUUCCAGAAAGUUGGUGACAUAACAGACAUCGACAAGGCUAUUCAAAUGUAUCAAGAAGCAGCAGAUCUAACGCCAAAAAAUCGUGUAGAUCGGUCAGGUUGGCUCCAUAACCUUGGCGUCGCAUACCAUGACAAGCACCAAGUAACGGGAACGGUGGCAGACCUUGAUCGAGCAAUCCAGCUCCAUCAGGAAUCAUUAAAAUCGACCCCAGAAGGGCAUUUGGAUCGUCCACGCCGAAUUGAUAGCCUUGGCCUCGCUUAUGGGAAUAGAUAUGAAAGAAUGGGGGCAUUGGCAGACCUUGAUGAGGCUAUUAGACUGCAUGAGGAAGCAGUAGAUUUGACGUUAGAAGGCCAUCCAGAUCGAGCACGUCGGCUUGAAAGUCUUGGGCUUGGACAUGCAGACCGAUAUCGAAGGAUAGGGAAAGUGGAAGAUUUAAACAAAGCUAUCCACUUACAUCAGGAAGCAGUAGAUGCAACUCCUGUCGGCCACCCAGAUCGACCCGGUCGACUUGAAAAUCUUGGUCUGGCUCAUCAAGCUAAGUUCCAGGAGUCAAAGGCGGCGAAAAGCCUUGAUAUAGCCAUCCAGCUUCAUCAAGAAGGAGUUCGAGCAACGCUUCCAGACAACCCUAACUUACCACGCCGCCUCAACAGCCUUGGUCGGGUAUAUCAAGAGAGAUUUCAGCAGAGAGGAGCAUUGGAGGAUCUCAGCAAAGCAAUUCAGCUAUAUACGGAAGCUGUAAAAGCUAUUCCCGAAGGUCACCCAGCUCGCUCGGACAUACUUCAUAAUCUUGGCAUUGGGCACCGAGACAUGUAUCAAACAACAGGGAAUCCAGAAGACCUAGAAAAGGCUAUUCAUCGGUGCCAAGAUGCCAUGGAUCAUUAUUCGUCCCCUACACUUGAUCGAGUACGACCUGGUAAAACCUUGCUGGCGUUACUUGUCGAUGCCAAGUGUUGGCCAUUAGCCUAUAAGGCAGCUCGUACAGCGGUGUCGUUAGCUCCUCUCCUUACCCCGAGAUCUCUCGAGAAUUCGGAUAAGCAGCAUUUGCUGACUGAAGUAGUUGGUUUGGCUUCUGAUGCUGCAGCCGUGGCUCUGAUGGCGGAAGCACCAACGUAUGACGCAAUCCAGCUCCUUGAAGUCGGUCGAGGGAUCAUCACAGGUUCUCUGAACGAUAUGCGCGGUGACAUAUCCGACGUCCGCCAGAAGAGUCCAGAGCUAGCAGAUGAAUACCUGCAGCUUCGGAGUCAGCUCGAUACUCCAGCAGAUUCAACAUUUCUAUUCGAUGAACUCAAUUCAGAAGCUGGUCUGAUGCGCCAAUUUGACCAGCGCUAUGAGGCUGGCCAGAAACUGGAACGGACGAUCCAGGCCAUCCGGGCAUUACCUGGCUUGGAUCGAUUCCUUAUGGCUCCAUCUGAGGCUGAAUUGACUGCUGCUGCUGUUCCGGGACCUAUUGUCAUCAUCAACGACUUUGCCGCUGCCUCAUUUGCACCACUGCGACGUCCUCAGUCACGCAGUAGUUCUAAUCAGCCCAUCAUUAUUGGAUGCACAAUUUUAACUCAAACCCCUCAUGGUCCCUGGCCUCGAAUUUGGUGGAUUCCAACUGGUCCCUUGGCCAAGUUUCCCAUACAUGCAGCGGGUUAUCAUACCCGCGCCUCAUCUGAUACUGUCUUAGACCGGGCUAUUUCAUCCUACAGUUCUUCUUCAAAGGCACUCAUUCAAAGCCGCCUCAGACAUGUUAUGAUCAAAGAACCACAAAAACCGGAAAGUAUUGUUCUUAUUGGCAUGCAAGAACUCCAAUAUGCGACACAAGAGAUCCACAAACUCGAAGGCCUCUGCGAUUCCAUGCAAUUGCAGGUAAUCAAGCCUCAGCCAUACCGACAAGACGUGCUAGCUGCGUUAAAUAAGUGUGACAUAUUUCAUUUCGCUGGUCAUGGGCAUUCUGAGGAAACGGACCCAUCACAAAGCGCUUUACUUCUACAUGACGGGCCGCUAACAGUAGCGAGUCUGUUUGAGACAAACCUUCGCAGUCGGCAGCCAUUUCUUGCAUACCUCUCGGCAUGCGGAACAGGGCAGACCAAGCACGAUGGACUCAUUGACGAAAGUCUUCAUCUAAUGGCUGCAUGUCAGCUUGCCGGUUUCAGGCAUGUCAUCGGCACGCUUUGGCAAGCCAGCGACAAGUCUUGCUUAGAUAUAGCCACUAAUACGUACAGGUGGAUGGAGCGACGGAAAAUGAGUGAAGAAUCCGUCAGUGAGGGACUGCACCAUGCCUCUAGGAGUCUUCGUCUCCAGUGGGUUUCAGAAAAUGCAGGAGGAACAAUAUUCAACCGUGGUAUACGAGUUCAUGAAGACUCUCAAGUGGCUAAACGGCGAUCAUGUUCAACUCAAAGGAAUCCCAGACACCCAAGAGACAUUGUGUCAUGCGAUGGCACGCCGUUGCACUGGGUUCCUUAUGUUCAUUUUGGUGUCUAA